CUCCAUGCCGACAAUCGAUUCGCAACCCUCCAUUCCUCUCCUCUCACAAUUUAUUUCUCCAUUUAUUCUCGUCGCAGGGAAAUAACAAAUUGGGAAAAUCAAACUCGAAGAAUAAUUCUUUGACGUCCAGUCAUUCAUUCAAAUAUUGCGUUUCCGAUAGUGGAGCUGAUUUUUUUUUUGAGUGCUUUGGUGCGCGUGCUGAGGUGCGCACAGCGGCACAGCUCUUCCGUAGUGUGGAAAUAGCAGGAGUGACAAAUAUCGGAAAAUUGUGUUGUUACAUGGCAAUUGAAAUCUUUAGCUUCGUCUGAAUAAAUAAAUUCGUUGGUCGGAGUAGGAAGGUCAUUCUUGGGGGCUAUUUGGCAGCAUUAUGGCUAAUGAGGAAUUGCCCAAGGGUUGGGAGAAACGGCUCAGCAGGUCCACAGGGCAACACUAUUAUUUGAAUAUUUAUACCAAGGAGAGUCAGUGGGACGUACCCAGCAAGCCAGCACAGCCGUGCGACAAUGGUGAUGGGCCUGAGGAGGUUCAGUGUUCUCAUAUUCUAGUUAAACAUGCUGGAUCGAGACGUCCCUCCUCCUGGAGGGAACAGAACAUCACGAGAUCGAAGGAAGAGGCCCUUGAUCUUAUCAAAUCAUACCGUGAACAAAUAACAUCUGGAAAAACAACAUUCACCGAAAUAGCAUCAAAAUACAGCGACUGCAGUUCCGCAAAACGUGGAGGUGAUCUUGGGCCAUUUGGCAGAGGUGCUAUGCAAAAACCCUUUGAGCAAGCGGCAUUUGCUCUCAAAGUUGGAGAGCUCUCCUCCCCCGUGCACACAGACAGCGGUAUCCACAUUAUCGAAAGAACCGCUUGAAGCAUUCAACCGAAAUUGCAUGCAAUUUUUUCCCCCCAAACCACAUACAUUGAACAAGAAUUAAACGAGUGACUCGAACUAUUCGAGACAACUCAGAGGAAUGCAACAAUCUCGCUCGACUUUUUUUUUGCUGUUUCAAAUAAACUUCCUUUUUAAUGUUUUUUUUUUUCAAAGACAUACAUAGAUGGUGUUGAAACAAUGAGAAUCGUGUCUUUAGUAACACUAUUAACUAUUACGAAACUAAAUAAAAGUGUAUACAUGCUCAGACUAGUUUUGAUUAAAUUCUUGUUAGUUAGACUGAUGUUUCCAGGCUCUGGUGGGAUCCGUACAUCAACUGUAGAGUGGAAAUACGGAGAGUCAUGGGGGUUUGAUCGAUACUCUUGGAUGUUCUGCAUGCCAGGGGGGAACACUCCAUUAAUCGUUGUACUGAAACAAUUUUUCAAAAAAACAAAA